AUGUGGCUUAGACAGACUGCUGCUGGCUCAAGGUUUUCAUUGCUGCAAUACCUCUCUCUCUCUAUCUCUUGCUCUCUCCCUGCAUCCUACCUUACCCCACCUUCUUCCUGGUUCAUCUAUCCUCCUGCCCCCUGUUUUAUCUUUCCCUCUCUCCUCUAUCACUCUCUCACAGAUGCCACAUCACACCACACACUUGCACUUUCCCUCUCUCUCUCUCUCUCUCUCUCCCAUCUGCCUGCUUUCUCACUCGCUCCACCAGCUUGUCGCCGGCUGUCUGUUCAUUUGCCACGGCAGAGCAACAACUGGCUUCUUUCAGUGCUGGAGAGCAGCAGGAAAAGUGGAAGGAGAAGAAGAAGUAGAGGAGGGAAAGGAGAAGAAGAGGAGCUCUUUUGUGAAGCGUCCUUCGCUCGUCCCUCUCUGGCAGCAGCAGCCGCAGCAUCCGUACUGCUGCCUCCAUCAGCAGCGGCGCAGCGGCCACCGCUCUCGCUGCUGGAUGCUCCGUCUCCUGCCGGGAUCUGCCUCCACCUUCUCCUCAGGGAGCUCUUCCUGGAACUGGGAGGGGGAGGGAGAUCACCACCUCCCAGUUUGCCACGGACCCUCAGCGAGGCAAGGAGAAUUGUAGGAGAGCUGAGGAGAGGCACCACCCUGAGUGACAGGAGGAAGCAGGCCCCCCUGUCACCCUCCAACCCCUCCUUCCCAGGUCUCACGGGGAAGAGCUGGAUGAGCACCGGGAACCAAAACUCCCCAUUGCUUCGGACUUUCGGGAGAUCUGGGCGGUGCUGCCGGGCUGUAGUCCAGAGGAGCCAUUGAUGGAGCCUAGCCUCACACUGCAGCGAGGCGUCUUCAAUCAAUGCACUGGCCACUCUCUGUGUAUGUGUAUGUUUCUGUUUGCCACCGGAGCCUGAAGGGGGGCUGCUGAUGGCAGCGGCGAUGGCCAUGGUGGUGAUGGUGGUGGUGAUGAUGAUACGAUGGCAGUGGCGCUGCUCACGUGCUUUCUGGCUUAGCUCCCCUGUUUACUGAAAGACUCUCUUCGGUGACGGGUAUUCUUGGGUGGAUAAUACAGAUCACGUUGUUAUUGCUUAAGAAUACGCGUAGUCGAGGAGAGUCCUCUCUUCGCCCAAUACCCCUCAGCCCCCCCGCACUCACCCACCUCACCUCCCCCCGACAAAACACCACCCAACCACGGAGGUCUGUCAGGUUGGGUGAAGCCACACCUCCACGCUCCACCUUCCUAUAAAGAAAACCCAUCUCUUCUUUGAUUUCCGCUGCAUCCCGCUGUCUUGCCUUCCCGCCCACUUCCUGUGUGCUGAGCCACGGUGUGAGGUCGACAGUGUCCUCGUGUCUGUCCCACCAUACAUCUGUCGGUGUGUCUCUGUCUGCGAGGCAUGGUGUGUGGAUGUAGUCUUUCAGUGUGUGUGUUGUUCUUUGAGGGAAACACUGGAUUAUUAGACGUGUGCAUGCGUACGUGUUCCUGCAAACCCAGCCUGGAAAAAGCAGUGGCAGCAGACAAAUGCCUGUCUGAAGCCUUCCCAUCAGGAAGGACACAUUCUCUCACGCGAGCAACAGGUUUCUGUGCUGAGCGCUGGAUCUGCAUUAAUACUCCCGCCUGGCACUCUGUGUGCCGACAACAUGAAAUAAGCAAAGAUAAGGUGCUAGAUUUAAACAUAGAAACUAAAGCACGGCUCAUCAGGUGUAAUAUCUUUACAUCUUUCAUUUCCUUGGUCUGCACUGGACUGGCUGUACCUUAGACUCCAGGGCUGUGUGUGACAGGUGGGAUAGGCCCCGCACACUCACACUGGGUAUGCAGAAGAAAGGGCUUUUUGGUCCUUGAAGGUUUGGAAAUUAGUCAAUUAAUAAAAAAGAUCAUUAUUACAAUUGGAGAUAGAUGAUUUGACCACGCCUCCAAACACGCCCCUAGCUCUACGAGCUUUUCGUUCUUGUUUUCUUGCCCCACCCUCCCUCCCCUUUUUCAGUUCUUUCACUUCUUCUCUUCUCAUUAGUAAACAGGGAUCCCUCCAACACCUUCCCCAAACCACAGCUCAGUUCACAUUUAAUCCUUUAUCUACUCAAAACGCUGUCAAACCUAAAAUAAGGACGUGGGACCAGCUCGUGAAUGCACUCAUCGAAGAGCAGGAUGAAGACCAAGGCUCAAUUCUGUCUAACACCGAAGAUGCCAACAACACCAAGAACAUACUGAGAGUGUGUGGUGAUGGCUUCAGACUGCUUCUCUUGUUUGAGCGUCAGUCCUCAUGUGCACACACUGCAGGCACAGCGCUCUGUGCUCCGGCACAGCUAAACAAAAACUACCAUAAAAGCUGUGUGAUUAAGUUUGGCUUCAUUAGAGUGUGACAUCUAAAGGAGCAACAGCGUGGGCCUGUAAUAUUUACUGAGGGGCCAGUGGACAUCCACCAGCUGCGGUUACAGAGUGGAACCUCCUUUUCUUCAGCUCCAUGUAGUGCAUUUAUUCUGUGACUGAGCUGUGCUGAGCUGCCUCUUGUGUUCCCCCUUUUUUAUGCAAAUGGCUGCUCAAAUGGCAUUUAUCGCAGUGAGGUUUACGCCACAUGUAACACUGCUGCUGCAGCUGAGCCUCACACACACUCACACUCAUGCACGCACACACUCAUAGCUGAGAAAACAAAAUGUCCACCACGAGCAGUCGACAGCUCAAUUUAUGCAUUGUGGAAAGCGGCGUCUAGAUAAACAAUUACCCCUGGCUCAAAUGGUCUAUAACCAGCUUUUUCUGCGUUGCCAGCCGGGCCAAUACAUCAUGAAUAUGGAUUCCAUCUCCAUGUCUGAUGGCACAUUCUGAACCUUAACAGCCGUGUAAAAUCCAUUUAAACACCUAAUAGGAUCAGCUCGAGUCAUACAGCCAUGUCCUCACAUGUAUCGCCUCCCGUGAUUGUGUGCCGCAGAUUUCCGUAUCGCCGGCCUUUUCCAAGCCUUUAAGAAGCAGUUUCUGUGCCGGCUUUGCUGCCACGUCAAAUAUUAAAGUUAGCCGCAGAGUCACUUAGACAUGCUUGUGAUUGUAAUUAUACAAAUCAUCCCAGUCAUUACCACUGCAGAUUAUUCCAAUAAUGCAAUUAAUGCUUAACACUUGGCUUAGCUGAUAAUUACUGCUCCUUUGCUCGUGGAAACAAACAGAGCAACAUGCUUAAAUGUGUGUAGGAGGACGUAAACCGGAGCAUUUGUGGGGUAAUGACAAAUCCAAAAAAGAGCCUCCUCCCCUGCUCUGCAUGUCCACUGUGCCGUAGCGUGGACGCGGUCCUCUCGCUGUUUGCUACCUGCAACUGUGUUUGUUGCUGCUGCGGGGCUUCAGCUGGCUGCCACCGCUGCUGUCAUCUCAUGUUGCAUUGUGUAAACACCUUACAUCUAGCUCCACUGCUACACCGUUAGUCUGUGAUGAUUCCUUUGUUUGCAUUAAAAAGCAAACACAUGCAUCGAGGCAGUCAACUGUCGCAUUUCCUGACUGAUUUUGGACUCUUCAGUGGUGUGUGAUGAGCACACCGUGAUGUGGUAUAAAGUGUUGUGUUAGUCACUGUGCGUGCCAGCCUGUGUUUGGACUGUUUCAAAAGAGCUGCUCUGCUGUAAAACCCACUGUUGACAUGUCCUGUCAAAUGCAACGCUCAAUUUCUUUGAGGCGUGGAUGAAUGAGGCAUUGUGUGCUGAGAGUGACGCCUAUCUAAAGUGCAUGUGUGCUCCUGUGCUCGUGCACUAAUGCUGUUGUGUACUGACGGCAUGCUGCUGCAGCUGCUGAUGACUACGGUGAUCCCUUUAAGCUAACCACUCUUUUCAACACAUGUGAGUUUGUCCUGUAAGUGUGCCUUAUUUCUGUCAAUAAAUUGUGGCUGUAAAUACAAAUA